AUGACAGCUCACAUUUCCCAAUCUAUCCCAAUUGCAAGAGCAAGAAUUCGGCCUCAGGACAAGACGAGACAAGACGAGACGACGGCAAUCCGCCUUCCCAAUGAAGAUCCCCUCGUCUACGCGAAACCACGGGAAUCCAGAUCGUCGGGUCGAUGGUCGAUGGCGGUGAGAAAACGAUUUGGCGGGGCGAGGAUGGAUAGAGAGGUCAAUAUCAAAGUCAUGCAACUUCCCUUGGGGCGGAAGACAAUCAAUCAUAUGAGAAUGGAAAUGUGA